AAUACCUGAACUUAUUAUUGUCAGGACACGAAAAGCGUAAUAUAGGGAAAAAAUCAUAUUAAACAUAUUUUUAAAAUAUAUACAUCCAUAGGGAAUAAUUUUGUGCUGAGAGACUUAAAAUAAGUGAGAUCUCAACAAAUUUACCAAGGGACGGAAUCAUGGCUUCUGUGUUUAUGACUGGCAUAUAUUCGCAAGUCAUAAUCUUUCUUCUUGUUUUUUUUUCCAAACCUGUACAAACAAGGACAUAUUCAGAAACUACUGAUGGAAGUGACUCUAAAACGAAGAAAAGUUUUACGAUCACCGUGAAUAACCAAUUGCGCCAACCAAAGUUCAACAAAAGCGUUGUCAUGGAAAUUGAAGAUGAGAACAGCGCCCUGAUUAAGUACAUGGAAAAGGCAGUAAAUCAACAGAAUGGACUAAUGGAAAAAUUUACAGUGACAUACUUCUCUGGUGGUUUGGGAUAUUUUAUUGAAGCUAUCAAUGAUGCAAAAGGAAACUGGUCAGUUGAUGGAUCCUUCUGGCAGAUAAGAACAGAGUUAGGACGAGCAAACGUGGGUAUAAGUUCUCUCAUACCCAAAGACGGGAUGAAGGUUCUGCUGGACCUCAUAAUAAGCGGCCCUGAUGACAAGUGCGAAUAGUUCUGCAAUUGUAUUAUGUAUUUGCAAUUGCAUUGCAUAGCAGACAAUGAAUUAUAUAAUAUGGUGUUUGCAUUUGUAUUGUAUUGUGUAUAAUAUAGAAUUGUUUAAGAAAUUACAAUGAAGAAAAAAACUCUAGUGGUAAAUGUAUAAGAUCUUUUGCAGCAAUAUAAAAAUACAUAAUUUUAUUAUUGUCAACAUUUGUUAGGGAGAGGGAAAAAAUAUAUUUUCAGAAAAUGAAUUACCUUGAUCAAAUUUAGGAAAUAUAACUUUAUGACUGCCACGUUUUAUACACUUUCUAUGUUAUAUAAUUAUUGUUACAGAUAACAUUUCAAAA